CGCACACGUACGCACUCUACUCCGGCGUCCACUCUCCAACUGAUUUGUUUUGACUACCGUUUAUGUCCAAUUCCAAUUCAAAAAGCUGGGAACUAUGUUGACCUACGUUGAACCCACUUUAUCGGACUACCGUGGCUUUUUACCCAGAAGAAAUGGUUUUAUUUUAACUGAGUGAUUGUGUUUUAACGCGGAAUGGGAAAGGUGAACAGGUUUUUCCUGGGGUAACGCUGCUGCAGAGGCUAUGAGCUAACUAGCAUCCAGCCGGCUUCUGUAGGCUGCGAAUGCUAACGGCGGCUAACGAGCUAACGCGGCUAACGGGGGAUGUAGAGGAGUCACGAUGGGGACAUGGAAACGGGAGCUGUCAAGCGUUUAAUUCGGGUAGUUUUACAGGACCGUCAGACGAUGAGCUAGCGUACCGAUGCUAGUUAUGAGUUAGUUAUGAGCACGUUCAAUAUUCCGAGUAGUAAAAUAGGUUCUGCCGUGGAUCUAAGCGGCACCAAUAACAACCAGGACUGGACUUUAGCGGGGGACGUGUUCUCCUACUGCCCCGCCGGGAUGAGUCCGGUUGACGAGACCGUGAAGGCGGGCAUGUCCUCCGUCCAAGCGGGUCUGGACGAGCAUCUACUGGGUCUGGGGUCCAGCGAGGAGCAGCUGCUGUUGGAGUUGGGAUCCCCGCCGGGUUUUCUCCAGGGGGGGUCCCAGGAGUCGAGCGACAGCGAGGGGAACUGCGCCGCGCCGCUGUACGAGGGCAGGAGGAAGAGGUCCCGCUCCAACAGCUCCAGACACCGCUUUCACGACGUGGUGACGGAGCUCGGCCCGGAGGAGGUGCGCUGGUUCUACAAGGAGGACAAGAAGACCUGGAAGCCCUUCCUAGGACACGACUCGCUGAAGAUAGAGCUGGUGUAUAGAAAGUACUGCGAGCUGAACCCAAGGACCUCAGACAACCAGCUGAACAAUGGAGACAAGGAGUCGCCUGGAAACGGCAUGGAGAGCAAGGGGCUGAAUGAGGCCAGCCCAGCUGACUCCAAGCCCAGCAUGAUGCAGUCUCCACGGGAGUCCAUGGAUGCCUCCACCCUGUCCCCCAACCACAGGGACCUGGACGGGCUUGUGGUGCCCGUGGAGCCUGUGUGCGUGAGAGGGGGGCUCUAUGAGGUCGAUAUUACCGUCAGAGAGUGCUACCCGGUCUACUGGAAACAACAAGACCACAUCCCUGUAAUGAGGGGGCAGUGGUUCAUCGAUGGCUCGUGGCUCCCUCUGGACGAAGAGGAAAGUGACCUGAUCGAGCACGAGCAUCUCCGGCACUUUAGGGGGCAGCAGGUGCAGGAUACGCUGGAGACGGAUCUAGUGGUCAGCACAGUCGACCGCAAAGAUGCCAUCCACCAUCUGAAGCUGAGUCGGACCCACGUGGACUGGCACAGCGUGGAAGAAGUCUACCUCUACAGCGACGCAACCACCUCCAAGAUUGCGCGAACGGUCACUCAGAAACUGGGCUUCUCCAAAGCCUCCAGCAGUGGUACACGGCUGCACCGGGGCUUCGUGGAGGACUCUUCUCCAGAGGACAGGCCCCCUCAGACCACCCACAUCGUGUUUGUGGUGCACGGGAUCGGACAGAAGAUGGAUCAGGGACGGAUUAUCAAAAACACUGCAAUGCUGAGGGAUGGUGUGAGGAAGAUGGAGGAGAAACACUUCCCUGGCCACAAUGACGAGCAUGUGGAGUUCCUGCCUGUGGAGUGGCGCUCCAAACUCACUCUGGAUGGAGACACUGUGGAAACCAUCACUCCAGACAAAGUGCGAGGCCUGAGAGACCUUCUCAACAGCAGUGCCAUGGACAUCAUGUAUUACAACAGUCCUUUGUAUCGGGACGAGAUCACCAAAGGCCUGACGCAGGAGCUGAACAGACUGUACAGCCUGUUCUGCUCGCGGAACCCGGACUUCGAGGAGCGCGGGGGGAAGGUGUCGGUGGUGUCUCACUCUCUGGGCUGUGUCAUCACCUACGACAUCAUGACUGGCUGGGACCCGGUGCGCUUCUGUCUGCAGGAGAGCCGCUGCAUGGAGGAGGAGCUAGACCAGCGCUGGAUGUCCUACGAGGAGAGACACGUGCUGGAGCAAAUCAAGAUCACCAGGAAGAGGUUGAGAGAGUUGGAAACCCAGCUCAUCGACCUGGAGGCCAGCAAACCCUCUGCACGACCAGCUCUCAAGUUUAAGAUAGAGAACUUCUUCUGCAUGGGCUCUCCUCUGGCUGUGUUCCUGGCCCUCAGAGGGAUCCGUCCUGGGGCCAGUGGUCACCAGGACCACAUCCUGCCCACAUCCAUCUGCAGCCGCCUCUUCAACGUCUUCCACCCCACCGACCCUGUGGCCUACAGACUGGAGCCCCUCAUUCUCAAGCAUUACAGCAAUAUAUCUCCAGUACAGAUUCACUGGUGCAGUGCCACUAACUCCACCCCGUACGAUGAGCUGCGGCCGAUCUUCCUCACCCCAGUGAAGGAGCCCACGUCGGACACAGACAGCAUCCCCAGUCCCAGCACCUCCCCGGUGCUCCAACGCAGACACUACGGGGAGUCCAUCACCAGUCUGGGCAAGGCCAGCAUCCUGGGGGCGGCCAGCAUUGGCAAAGGCAUCGGGGGCAUCUUGUUCUCUCGAUUCUCACGCUCCAACAGCCAACCGUCUGUGAGUCUGGGAGCAGAGGGCGUGCCCACCACAGAGGAGGAGGAACAGAAGAGAGCCGAGAGCCAAUCAGCGUACGGCCUCUCCUCUAUGGCCCGCCCCACCUCUCCCACCGUCGAUACAUCACUUGAGCUGGAGCGGCGCAUAGACUUUGAGCUGCGCGAGGGCCUGGUGGAGAGCAGGUACUGGUCUGCGGUCACGUCCCACACGAGCUACUGGUGCUCCCACGACAUCGCCCUCUUCCUCCUCACCUUCAUCUACAGACCCUGCACCAGCCUGGCCCCGCAGCAGAGUGUGGACGAGGGACUGGAACCAGACUGAACCAGGCCGGACGGGAUCAGGACUCCUCCACCUCACAUCGUUUCCAAACAAACUGACCCAUGCAUCAUUCCAUUCCCAAUGUGCUUUUCGUCUCAUUUUGUGUAUUUUUUACACAGUUGCUUAAAAUAUCAGUGGCUUUUGGACCAGCAGUCUCUCAAGUCCUUUUGUUGUUACUGAAAGGUUGAGUUCACAUGUUGCCAGAAUAUUCUUAAUUGUUUGAAAUUGAUACUUUGCAGUGACAUCGCGCUGGGGGCGUUCUGCAUGCAUGUGUAUGGCGGAAUGGUCAGCAGUUCCCAUGGUGACACAAAGCACACAUUAGCAAACAAAAGCCUGAUAAGUUUAUAAAUACAAAAUGGAUUUGAACCGCACAUUUUCAGGAGCUUGUGAUCAUUACGAGCGCCCAUGGACACAUUUGACCCAAAAAGGUGAGAGUGACAAACUGAAAACCUGUUGGCGAAAAUAAGCUAGCUUUUUAAUGGUUAGAUUGUGUUAAAACAAAGAUUAAAAAUUUAAGUUUAACAUGAGUAACAGAGCAGUGCCUCAAGUUAGCGCCACCCCCCCAGGGAAUGUUGAUGACAUCAGCUGCAAAGUAUCAGUAAAGUUAAGUAUCAUGUCACUUCUGGGUUCAUCAUCUGAUUGAAAACAAUGAAUUCUCCUCUUUUUUUUUUCUUUUUUUUUUACAUCUCACUUUAAAAUAGAUUGCAGUCGUUUAAAUGUAACAAGGUUGUAAGCAAGGAUCUAUGGUUAUAACUGACAGAAAGUGUACGCGAGAGGUUGAGUUUAAACUAGGCUAGGCUAAGAUAGCGUUAGCGGUGACCAGCAGUUAUUGAGAUAUGCACACUGGUAAUUCUAUGUUAUGGUAGAUUAUCACUACAUUAUUUACAUAUUUAAUACUAUUUUUGGUUAAACAUGUGCAUUUGAAAGUGUUGUUGUUUGAUGAAUAAGGAACAAAAACAAAGCUAGAAAUCAGCUGUGAAGUUUAUGGUUGGACCUGGAAGUGACAUUAUCACUGAACAACUCUAUAGAGCUGGAGGACAGGUGGAACUGUCAAAAUGCAGCCUUGUUUACCUGGUUUGUGGUUAAUAUCUUACUGGGCCUAUCCACAUGAAACAAAACUGUUAUAAAGCUUGUACUGUGUAACUUUUGUUGAGAUUUCACCACCUGUUUAUCAGAGGCUUUUAACUUCUCUUACAUUUGUUCAAUUCGAUUCAAGUGUUCCUAUUGCUAAAAAAAAAUUUGAAAAACACUUGUUCUUCCUGUGAGCAGGGUUGACUCUCCACAGAUCUGGCCUGUAACUUCAAAACUGGAAUAUGAAUUACUGAAAUCAUCCCCAAGUGGAAAUUGAUCAAACAUAAAGUUAAGUUAAAUAUCAGUGUCACAGUACACAAAAAUACACACAAAAUAAAUACAUUUUAAUCAAGUUUUAUUAACUAAACCCUUAAUAAAACAAACUUGGAUUAUUACGAAACUUAAAAAAAUAGAUUCACAUUUAAUGCCAAUACUGUGAAACAUUACAAGCAAGGCAAUAACAUCUCCAUGGAGACGAACAGGUGGCAGGCACUCCAUCAGAAAAGUUACAUAGUGCACCUUUAACAUCAUCUCUGUCAGCACAAAUGAAGUACGGUCCAUUUUGUUUCACUUUAUCGUAUUAUAAAGUGCUUGCAUUUUUCAAACACAAACAUGAUUGUCGUCAGCUGAAAGGACUUUAAGCCAUAAGAUUAAUAUGGCAAAUUUUUCUAUACCAAAAA